ACUGGCUGGGUUAGACAGGGAAGCGAGACCAAUCAGAACCCUAGGUCGUUCUACGUGUUUGUGCGUCUUUGGUCCGAUCUAUAAUUCGCUAUCCCUUAAUCCGCAGCAAAUAUUUUUCACGUUAUAACAAUUGGCGACGGGGUGAAGAAAAAAUACAAUCCAAAGUCAUUCUGUAAUUGGACGAAAUCCAGUCUAAUUAUCCAACCAAUCAGCAUCCAGAUUGUCGUCAGUGUCCUUCAACGACAUUGGUCAUUAGUCAUACAGUAAUUUUCAUCACAGGUGCUGAUUCGAAAAAAUGACUCUCCCUUCCGAUCGAUUACAGCUGCUCUAUGAACGACAUUUGGAGUUAUUAGUCAAAUUCCGCACGCAGCUGCUAAAUCACUCAUGCUAUGAAGACGCGACGGAAGUGGAUGGAUUGAUAUCUGAAAUACACAGUGAGCUGGAAAAUGACAGCAGCCUCCAUGAAUCCUCGAUGAACUGUACUUCAAACGAAACAGUCAUCCAUCAUGCGCCCAGUGGUCCAGUACUUUCCAUUUCAGAAACAUGCCCGGUAAUGGAGUCAAACUCCAUCAACCCCGAAACAGCAUGUGCAGACAGUAACAUAUCCAGCUCACGAGAAGAUCUCAUUGUUUUGCCAGAAAAUGUGUUUCACGCAUCAAAUAAUAACCAAGAACCUGGUACAGUUUUGUUGGACGCCGAUUAUCAUAAUGCUCCACUACUUACUAAAGAUUUAAACCCUAAUGACCUAAGAUCUGUCGCUGAUCCUCACCAUCUAGUCAGUCCUAGUGGACUCUCUACUCAACGCGGGAAAUAUGCUUCAAAUAGAGUCACACUAACUGUUCCUUGGGUUUAUGAAGACCCAACAUUAUUUCGAGGGGGAGGAUAGACGCGAGAAAAAUUUAAAAUCCGGACAUCAACUCCAGAUCUCCAAAAAAGGGGAGGUGUUGGGAUAUUCAGGAAAAUAUCCCAAAAAUUAUCAUGUUAAGUCCAAUGGUGUCCUUGGACCUUAAAUGUACAUUUCCCAUUGGUCGAUAUUUAUUUAACGUGUUAUUUUCCUGUUGGCCAAUAUUGUACAAUGUUAUUUUCUACUUUGUGGUACGAUGUGGUUUGUUUGCUUGGUAUAUAAAUAGAGUAUGUUUGAAAUAUAAUGAUUCAUAUAUCCGAGGCUGUGACUUUCGUUCUGGACUCAACUGGCUGGGUUAGACAGGGAAGCGAGACCAAUCAGAACCCUAGGUCGUCCUACGUGUUUGUGCGUCUUUGGUCCGAUCAAUAAUCCGCUAUCCCUUAAUCAGCAGCAUUUAUUUUCACGUUAUAACA